AUGACAUUACUAUACUUAUUGAAUGAAGCAACAGUUUUAACUCAAGCUGAUCAAACAGUUACUAUUAGUAUGUUUGGACCUAUUCUUCUUAAUUUAUUAAGCAAUCUUGAACUGGAAAGGAAAAAAUCUGAACGUGUGUAUUUAAUGUGUGAUGCAUUAAUUUCCUCAUUAAAAACACGUUUUGGUGGUUUUUAUAAACAUUUCUCCAUUGAAAUCGAUAAUUGUAAAGUCAAAAUUAAUACAAAUGCCAAUACAUCAUGCUUAUAUGAUGAUCCACUUUUUUUAAUGAGUGCAGUUGUAGAUGGUCGUUUUAAGUUUCAAUGGAUCAAUGAAUGUACCUUAUUAUCUGAUUUAACUAAAACCGAUAUUAUUUCAACUAUUAAACAAUGUCUUAUUGAAGCAUCAAUAAAACUUAAUUCAUAA